AUGUAUUACAGCGAUAAUGAAGUAACCAAAGGACAGGACUUGCUCUCAAAAAGAGGUGCUCCAAUGAAAAAGACGAGCGAACGAAGGAAAGAUCACAUUGAAAGCUGCGUGCCGCACUAUGAGCAGUUACAUCGACAUAUGCAGUUACGUACUGGUGAUCGUGGAUGGAAAGCUACAGAAUUGUCUCUUAUCGCUUCCUAUGAUUAUGAGAAUUAUUCAGUGGUCACCAUCGAAGCUGACGGUUGGUUUGGGAAAACCAUGUACUGCCGUUACUUCGAUGAAAAUCAUAACGAAGUUCAUCCUGCUAUUGAGUCGUUCGUAUUUCCCGAAUUUGCUGUACACUGCUGUAGACGCAAGUUUGCUCAAUUCAUGAGUGUCACUGAGAGUCCACUUGACAAUGUUACAGAGUAUGCUGUAGUCCUGGACAGGCGUAACGAUGAACCUAAGCACUUUCUCUCACUUUGUCUGGCACCAAUGUAUGGAGAUGAAAGAAAAUGGCUGUUUCUUGCGGAGCUCAUUGAACACUAUAAAAUACACGGUGUUGAGUAUUUCUACUUAUACAUCAAGGAUAUAGACGAUUACACAUACAAAUUGAUUGAAUAUUAUGAGAAUAGCGGACUUGCAGAAGUGAUCUUUUUUCGGAAGUAUAACGACCGACCAGGAAAAGAAUGGCAACUUGUUGGUACAGAAAAGGCCAUUAUCACCUUGACUACUGCACCUUUUAGGAUUGUCUCCAACGGAGUCGACACCAUUCCCGCUAUGUGA